CCUACCUGGCCUGCUGACAUCCUUGCUAGGCCUCAAGCCUGAGUGUGAGCUGUCAGCAUUGGAGGGAAUGAAGGCCUGCAUGACCUACUUCCCCCGGGCCUGUGGCUCCCUCAGAUGACUCGGUUCUCUGGACACUAUGGGCCGCUAUCGUGUGCGCGUGGCCACUGGGAGCUCGGUCUUCGCGGGUUCCAACAACCAGGUUCAGCUGUGGCUAGUCGGAGAGCACGGAGAAGAGGAGCUGGAGCUGCGGUUGCGACCCUCUCGGGGAAAGGUAGAGGAAUUUAAUGUAGAAGUCUCGAAGGUACUGGGUCCCCUCCUGUUCGUGAAGGUGUAUAAACGUCGCCUCCUCGCUGAAGACAGCUGGUUUUGCGACCGAAUCACUGUCCAGGGUCCCGGGGACAGCGGAGUGGAGGCCACGUUCCCGUGUUACCGCUGGGUGCUGGGUGCAGGCGUCGUCUGCCUCCCUGAAGGCACUGCUCGGACAGUCAGAGAUGAUCCUCAGGGAUUCUUCAAGACGUAUAGAGAGGAAGAGCUAAAGGAGAGAAGAAAGCAGUACAGUUGGCACUCCUGGAAGGACAAUGUAAUCCGAACAGUCUCUGGGACUACUCUUUCUGAUCUUCCUUUGGAUGAGAGAUUUCAUGAGGAAAAGAGAAUUGACUUUGAGUGCUCCCUGGCCAAGGGGCUUAAAGACCUUGCUGUUAAGGAUGCCUUAAACGUCCUGAGUUGUUGGAAGAGCCUGGAAGAUUUUGACCGAAUUUUCUGGUCUGGUCAGAGUAAGUUGGCAGAGAAAGUUCGGGAUUCCUGGAAGGAUGAUGCAUUCUUUGGGUACCAGUUUCUGAAUGGUGCUAACCCCAUGCUCCUGAGACGGUCCACUAUACUCCCAUCCCGACUAAAGCUGCCUCCUGGCUCAGAAGAGCUUCAAGCAGAGCUAGAAAGACAUCUCCAGGCAGGCUCCCUGUUCGAAGCUGACUUCUCUCUCCUGGAUGGGAUUCAGGGCAAUGUGAUCCUCUGUUGCCAGCAGUACUUGGCAGCUCCCCUGGUCAUGCUGAAGUUAGAGCCAGAUGGGAAUCUGCUGCCCAUGGCCAUCCAGAUCCAGGUUCCCAGCUUGGGCUUACCAACACCACCAGUGUUCCUGCCCUCUGACCCCCCCAUGGCGUGGCUCCUUGCCAAGGCCUGGGUCAGGAGCUCAGACUUCCAACUUCACCAGCUACAAUACCAUCUGCUGAGAGGACAUCUGAUGGCCGAGGUGAUCUCUGUGGCCACUAUGAGAUGCCUCCCAACGCUGCAUCCCAUUUUCAAGAUCCUGAUCCCUCACCUUCGUUACACCAUGGAGAUCAACAUCAGAGCCCGGACAGGACUUGUUUCUAAUGGGGGAGUAUUUGACCAGGUAGUGAGCAGUGGUGGUGGAGGGCAUGUAACGGUACUCCAGAGAGCAGGGAGUUUUCUGACCUAUCGGUCACUCUGUCCACCCAAUGACCUGGCUGAUCGAAGGCUGCUUGGGGUACCAUCUUCCCACUAUGCUCAUGAUGCCCUCCGGCUCUGGGAGAUCAUCAAAAGGUAUGUGGAGGGGAUAGUCCAUCUCUACUAUGCAGACGAUGAGGCAGUGGAAAAUGACCCUGAGCUACAGACUUGGUGCAAAGAGAUCACUGAGGUUGGGCUUCAUGGAGCCCAGGACCGAGGUUUCCCGACCUCCUUCCAUUCCAGGGAUGAUCUCUGUUUCUUUGUGACCAUGUGUAUCUUCACUUGUACUGGCCAGCACUCCUCUGUCCACCAGGGACAGCUGGACUGGUAUGCUUGGGUUCCUAAUGCCCCAUGCACUAUGCGUAUGCCCCCACCCAGCACAAAGGAUGUGACGCUGGAGAUGGUGAUGGCCACUCUGCCCAACGUCCACCAGGCCUCCCUCCAGAUGUCUCUAACAUGGCAGCUUGGUCGGGCUCAGCCAAACAUGGUUCCCCUGGGGCAGCACAAAGAAGAGUACUUCUCGGGAUCAGAGCCCCAGGCUAUGCUGAGCCGCUUUAGGGAAGAAUUGGCCAUCCUGGACAAGGAGAUCACAGAGAGGAAUGCAAAGCUGGCACUACCCUAUGAAUACCUGCAGCCAAGCCGAGUGGAGAACAGCGUCACCAUCUGAGCCCCCUCGCCCCUCCAACCCCCUUCUCAAGCUCACCAGCAUCCCUAUGACACCUUUCUUUAAACCCUAGUCCCACCUUAGAGCAUUCCCUAGCACAUCUCUGAGCCCUCUCCUCCAAACCCUUAGGCCGGAGGGGAGGGAAAGGUAAAUAAAGCUUUUGGUGCAUUGAAAUAUA